AUGCUGCAACUUCGGAUUCUCAUCGCCAGCCUCACUAUAGGUUCCUUCGCUUUGUUGGGUGCAACUGCCCAAGUGAACGACCGCAAUCCGCUCACCGAGGAGUUCGGCGAUUUUGCGGCAGAGACAUUGGAUAAUUGGAAAGUCCCGGGUUUAUCCAUUGCUGUGAUUGAUGGCGACCAGGUCUUUGCUGACGGAUACGGCUUUUCGGCAUUGCCUGAUAAGCCAGCCACGCCGGAAACACUCUGGUACGGCGCUUCAACUACAAAGGCACACACUGCCGCUACCCUAGCUCACCUGAUCGACUCCGGAAAGUACCCGGCUCUCGCUAACGGUUGGUCAACGACAAUAUCCUCUAUCAUUCAUGACGAUUUCGUUCUUCAGGACUCGUGGGCGACAGAGCAUAUCACACUAGACGAUGCUAUAAGCCAUCGCACAGGGAUGGCACAUCACGAUAAAGCCUACGCGGGGGUAGUGAAAGGAAAGGAAGCUAAGCCUAAAGAUGUUGUCCGCAACUUGAGGAAUCUACCCUUAACCACCGAACCACGGCUCAAGUACUCUUAUACGAAUCUGAUGUACACCACACUCUCACAUGUUAUUGAGACCGUCACAGGAAAAUGGCUUGGAGACGUGAUGAAAGAGCUGAUCUGGGCUCCGUUGGGCAUGAACUCGACCUUUUUCGACUUGCAGGACGCAAACCAUGCCCCUAAUCAACUCGCUUCGGGUUACUACUGGGACAAGAAGGAAGGAAGAUACGGUGAGGUUCCUUUUAUGAACGUUACCCAGCUCAGCGGCGCCGGGGCAGUUUUCUCCAAUGUCCUCGACUACGCUAAGUGGGUACAAUGCCUGCUUGACGAGGCACUUCCAUUCCCCAAAGAGGUGCACAAGGAUAUAAAGUCUCCGAGAAUGCUUAUAUCCACGCAGCCGGAUGGUUCCAGCGACAUCGUCACAUAUGGACUAGGCUGGUCUCGCACCCUCUUUAAGGGGCAUGUUAUAUACACUCACGGCGGAGGGGUGCAUGCCUUUGGAGCCCAGGUCUAUUGGUUGCCCGAUAUCAGUUAUGGCGUGGUUGCGUUCGCGAACACGGCCAUUACUUCAAAUGCCGUGGAGGAAAUCCUGGCAUGGAAAUUGAUUCAGGACCGACUUGAAAUCCCAGAGAACGAGCGCUUUGAUGUCAAGUCUAAAUAUCAAAAGACCAUGAAGGAGUUGGGCCCUACCGCAGAUGAGUCCGUUGAUAUUCUCUACCCUGAGCGCCCCAAUCCGCCGUUGCCCCCUACUGUGAACAUCACGGAGUUGCAGGGCAUAUACUACGACCCAGGGUAUGGACAAAUUACGUUACGGGAAGAACCUCACCCUGAUAGAUCAGAUGAGAAGAUUCUUGUCGCAGACCGCCAGGAGAUGACAUGGAAGUACCAGAUGAGGCUGCAUCACGUCUCCGGUGACUAUUGGAUUAUCUACCUGCCUUUUUUGGAGAAUCCAGGGUAUAUGGUCGAGUUCGUAGCUGGGGAGUUCAAGAUCGGAAAUAAUGGAAAGGCGGUUGGGCUUCAGGUGGACUGGGUCAGUCGAUUUGAUGAUGUGGUUGAGGGAAACGUCCUAUUCAAGAGGGUUGACUAG